AUGGUGAAGAUUCUGCAGAAGAAGAAGAAGAAGAUGGAGAACACCACCACCUACUUCAACGAGAAACGAGAGGGUGGUUACAUGGGUUCUGCGGUUCAUAGCCAAGUCAUCAAAAUCAAGCAAGAAAUUGAGAAAACAAAGCACCCUUCACUGCAGCUACACAUCAGGCGUGCCCUUCGCAGAGAUGUCAACCGUCUUCGCUCUCGCUCACCACUGGGAUUGGCAGAAAGUGUUAUCCUUGGAUGUUAG